AUGGUCGUGGUCGUGGUCGUGGUCGUGGUCGUGGUCGUGGUCGUGGUCGUGGUCGUGGUCGUGGUCGUGGUCGUGGUCGUGGUCGUGGUCAUGGCCACGGCGCUUCAGUUACUAGCAAAGGAGUCAGUUUCUAUUCUUGUUGAUAUCGGCGACCCGCUUGACUACACCAAAUACCGCCACACGGGGCUGUUCUUCGAAUUUCCAAGUGAUACAAAGUCGUUGAUGCAUGUAACCGGAGCAGCAGGCAUUUUCACCUUCGAGACAUAUGACAACUACAGGCCCGAUCAGAGCCGACAGCUUGCGUCAUCCAUACCAGUGGCGGAGCUACCAGAUUCAAUCAGCGAAGCCUCUAUCCGGGGCGUUAUUUCCAGAACCCCGGUGAGGAACGGUCCAGGGGAUGCGGAUUGGAACUGUCAGAAUUGGGUCGGAGACGCUCUUGCCCGGAUGGUGACCGAUGGGUACCUGAGUGUCUCCCAGCGAGAGUCGGCGAUUGAUAAGAUGACGGAUGCGUGCUUGGAGGCGGGAGAUGAGUGA